AUGGCCGCCAGCCGCCUUUUCUGGCGGUUAGAGAAGGUUUCUGCUGGAAAACGAUUUGCCACUCAUUUCACCACGCCGCUAGACGCCUCAAGAAAUACCAUUACAGUAACUGCCCCUCAACCACCUCCAAAAGUGCUCUACAAUGCUAAAUUUGUUUUCAACCUAAGGAGCUUGCACAAGGACAGGGCCAAGGACUCGAAACAGGCUAUCCGAAGUCAGAGAAACCUCUCCAUCCCCAAAAUACACCCCAGAGACAUGACAGUUUCUUCUGAAGACCAAUUUGUUGGAGCAAUCGACCAGGGUACCUCUUCGACAAGAUUCCUUAUCUUCAACCUCAAGACUCAGCAAAUCGUUGCUUCAAAGCAGAUCGAGAUCACCCAGAAUUUCCCGAAAGAAGGAUGGGUGGAAGAAUGCCCCGACGAAAUCCUUGAGUCCUGCCUCCGAUGUAUCGAUGCUACUGCCUCUAUUUUCGCCGAACUUGGUUUGGAGCCAGAGCAAUUGAAAUGCAUCGGAAUCACUAACCAGCGCGAAACAACGAUUGUUUGGGAUCCCAGAACUGGCAAAGCUCUUCACAAUGCCAUCGUCUGGUGUGACAGUCGUGCUUCGGAGACGGUUGAGAAGCUUAUUGCCAGUGCUCCUGGAGGAAAAGAUGCGCUCCGGGAAAAGUGCGGCCUUCCAAUUGCCCAAUAUUUUUCUGCGCUAAAGAUUCGCUGGCUUAUGGACAACUAUCCGGAUAUCGCGGACAAGCUAAAGAAUGGAGACGCUUUGGUCGGGACUGUGGAUAGCUGGCUUGUCUGGAAGAUGACCGGUCAGCAUGUUACCGAUGUUACAAAUGCCUCGCGAACAAUGCUCUUCAAUAUUAACACGCUUAGCUGGGAUCAGGAACUUUGUGACUUCUUCGGCAUUCCUCUCAACUGUCUCCCCGUGUCUGCUCGUCUGCUGAGAAAUACGGCACACUUACCCUCUCGGAACACGUAUGGAACUGGCUGUUUUUUGCUUCAAAAUACCGGCGAGAAACCUGUCCAAUCUGAGUGUGGUCUUCUUACAACAGUUGCCUAUCAACUUGGAAAAGACGCUCCAGCUCACUUUGCACUUGAAGGAUCCAUCGCUGCUGCUGGCUCUGUUAUCCGCUGGCUCCGAGACAACUUGGGUCUUAUCAAGACGUCAUCGGACGCAGAGGCUCUCGCAUCCCAAGUUCCAGAUUCUGGAUCUUUUGUCUUUGUGCCAGCCUUCAACGGUCUCUUCGCCCCGCGCUGGAGACCAGAUGCUCGUGGCACGAUGACUGGCAUAACACAGUUUACGACCAAACAGCACAUCGUCUACGGCGCUCUUGAAUCCUGUUGUUUCCAAACCAGGGACCUUUUUGACGCUAUUGCUCAAGAAUCUGGUUCUAUGCCGCUCUCAAUGCUCCGAGUCGAUGGUGGAAUGACGAGCAAUAAACUUCUUCUUCAAAGACAAGCUGACUUACUUCAGGUGCCCGUUGAACGACCACAGAUGAGCGAGACAACGGCCCUUGGGGCUGCCCUCGCAGCUGCUGUUGGAUCCGGCUUCCUGAACAAGGACGAUAUCAGUAAUCUUUCUCCUGUGGAGAGAUUCGAUCCCGUUCUGGGCGAAAAAGAUGCUGCUCGGAGGAUGCACCUGUGGCACUGCGCCGUGGAAAAAUCGCUCAACUCUGUGUGA